AUGGCACUUACUGCAGACAAGUGCAACGAAAAUAACCUUCAUUGUCCAAGUCAAGGGGUUGAACUGAGGCAGCUAAACUAUGGACGUCUGUUGAAAGAUAAAAUGAUAUUUUCUAAUGAUGGUUUGUGGCGUAUAUUGGGUAAACCUGUUAGUUUCACUGACUCUCAGAGAUCUACUGUCUUAUAUCUGUCAAGAGGAACUCAUAAUACCAAAGCAAAAGAACCCAUUAUAACUUACGGUGAUCCUGCAGGGGAGACUAGUUCACAGAGUGGGGAUGAGGAAGAUGAGCAUCCAGUCUUUUCUGAGAGAACUACUCACUCCAGUUUAGCUGAAGCUUGUAAAUUUGUUUGCAAUGAUGCAAAGUUUGUAAAUGAGAGGGCUCGCAAUGACAUUAUUCUGCUUUCUCGUGGCAUAAUGAGGUUGGAUGCCCGUGCACGUCAAGACGUUGCUAUUCUUGGGUCCGGGUUUCUUAAGCUUAAUGCUCGAGCACGAGAGGAUACGGAGAAAAUUGACCGUAAUGUGAAGAAGAAAGCUGAGCGCCUUCAUCAUAUUGCUAUGAUCUUAAAAGACAAAGCAGAGUCUAGAUUGAAAACUGCCGCUGAUAAGCAUUGGAGUGACGGAGCCUUAGAGGCUGAUUUGCGCCGUGCUGACUUCCGUGCCAAACAACGUGCAAUGGAAGAUGCCCUAAUGGCUUUGGAGUUUGUCAAAAAUAUUCAUGAACGGAUGGUGAGCAAAAUGUACAAUUUUCCUCUGCAUAGCGAAAAUGGUAUUGUAUCAGAAAAUGACAUGCUGGGGCGUAUAAUGCUUGAAAAGAAUGGCAAAAGUCUUGAUUUCCCUUUUGGUGAAGUAUCUACUGAUCGCAUUACUGCAAUUCAGGAAGCUUACUGGAGUAUGGCAUCUGCUCUCUCUGAAGCUGAUGGAAUUGACUAUACUGAUCCUGAAGAGCUUGAGCUGUUAAUUGCAACUCUUAUUGAUCUCGACGCAAUGGAUGGUAAAAGUAGUGUAUCGUUAUUGGCAGAGUGUUCAAAUUCUCCUGAUGUCAAUACCAGGAAAGCCUUAGCCAAUGCCUUGGCUGCAGCCCCAUCGAUGUGGACUCUUGGAAAUGCAGGAAUGGGAGCACUACAGAGACUCGUGGAGGAUAGCAAUCCGGCAAUUGCUGCCGCUGCCUCUAAAGCAAUCUUUGAACUUAAGAGACAAUGGGAGAUAGAGGAAGGAGAUAGCUGGAGGUUUACGAUGAACCAAAACCCCAUUGAAGAAUGGGAAACCCAAGAAGCUGAUGACAAUGAAGAUACAGAUUGA